AUGACCCCAUACGAUGGUACAUCGGAUCCAAGCCAUCAUCUCAACAAUUUUAGAAGUAGGAUGUACCUCACCGAUGCCUCCGAUGUAAUCCGCUGUAAAGCUUUCCCAACCACCUUAACCAAAACGGCAAAGUGGUUCGACAGCUUGCCACCAAGGUCAAUAGCAAGCUUCGAUGACCUCGCCAAAAAGUUCCUAGCCAGAUUCUCCAUCCAAAAGGACAAAGCCAAACAUGCCCCAAACCUAUUAGGGAUUAAGCAAGGAGAUUGGGAGAGCCUCCGCAACUACAUGGAAAGAUUCAACAAGGUGUGUCUAGACAUACAAAGUCUGCUAAUAGAAGCAUCCAUCAUGGGUCUCAUCAAUGGUCUACGAGAAGGACCCUUUAGCCACUCCAUAUCAAAAAAGUAUCCAACAACUCUAAACGAGGUACAAGAACGGGCGGAAAAGUAUAUUAACAUGGAGGAGAACACUCGACUAGGAGAAAAUUCAAAAUCCGGAUUCUGCUACCCUCCUCGGGACAAGGCUAAAGAGUUCGGAAAAAAAGAAGACUAA